CUGAGCUCAGUGUAAAAAGAGAAUCACUAUGGACAACACAGCCUCCUUACUCUAAUACUCUGUAUAGUGCAGCUCAGUACAAAUUCACGAUUUUUGCUGACGAGUUUAAAAUAGGACUGAAAUAACUUGAGAGCUCAACCGAAUAGUUAACUUGAGAGUUUAACUUCAGAGUUAACUACACAACUCAACUGAAGACUAAAGAGUUAACUAAACAGUUUAACCGUUAAGAGUAACUUACAAAAUUAAUCCGAAGAGUUUUCUAAUCUCUGAAGAGUUCUACUAAAGAGUUAACUAAAGAGUCCGAAGAAACAACUACAGAGUUGAACCGAAGAAAUAACUCCAGAGUUGAGCCGAAGAAAUAUCUACAGAGUUGAACCGAAGAAAUAACUACAGAGUUGAACCGAAGAAAUAACUCCCGAGUUGAACCGAAGAAAUAACUACAGAGUUGAACCGAAGAAAUAACUACAGAGUUGAACCGAAGAAAUAACUCCCGAGUUGAACCGAAGAAAUAACUACAGAGUUGAACCGAAGAAAUAACUACAGAGUUGAACCGAAGAAAUAACUCCAGAGUUGUACCGAAGAAAUAUCUACAGAGUUUAACCGAAGAAAUAUCUACAGAGUUGAACCGAAGAAAUAACUACAGAGUUGAACCGAAGAAAUAACUACAAAGUUGAACCGAGGAGUAAGAGUCGGAGUUGUCAGAAAGUCAUCAAAUAUGGAGGAUGAACAAGAGAGAUAUAAACGAAAGAGUUCUGGACGUAGUUUCUUAUCAUCACUAGCCAGAAAAUUCUCACAAAAGCAGAGUUCUGUGACAGCCGCUGAAACUAUGGGAACAGAAACUGGGAAAAAGUUUAACAAAAUAGACAUUGAUCGAGCAGACGUUGAUCGAUUAGACGUUGAUCGAGUAGACAUUGAUCGAGUAGACACUGAAGAUAGAGAAAAUACAAAAGACAAAGAGAUGAAAGUAUUUUCUAGUGCUAAAAUCAUUGUUGACACUAAACACGUGGAGAAGGAGAAGAAGGAGAAGGAAGAGGGGAAAGAGGAAGAAAACAAUGAAGAUCAAAUCAUCAAGUCUUUGGACGAAGGUAGCUUAAAGGAGGAUCAUAAAAGUAACCUCCAAGUAUCCCAAUCUCUACCUCCUUUCUGGCAUAAUCAAACCACACGCUCAUAUCCAAGGAAGAGUGGAGGAGGGAAGAAAAGUUUAACAAAGGAAGAAGCAAGACAGAAACUGAUUGCUUGGCAAAAAGUUCAAAUAUUUCGAAGGAAAAGUGAGCGCUAGUCCGCGAGCUAUUAAUAUCUACUUCAAGAGCUAGUCAGCGAGCUAUUAAUAUCUACUUCAAGAGCUAGCCGCCUAGAUAUUAGUAUGAAAGCUUAUAGUUCUAUGACAGUUAAUAUGCCAGCUACUAGUAUACUUUGAUAGCUAAAAUACUAGCUGUUAAUACUACGAGAGCUAGCCAGAGAGGUAAAAAAUUAUAGCUAGUAUAGAUAACUUCUUGUACUACGAGAACUGGCUUGUUAGCUACAAAUACGUUAUGAGAUAUCAUGCUAUCAACUAAAACGUUAAAAACUGGGUUUAAAAAAAUAGUAAUACAUUCUAAAAAAAUUUUCCAUAGCAAUCUAAAAUUAUGGAAGUCAAUUAAACAAGUUUUGGUAUUCUAAUUAUUAAAGUUUUUCAUUUGAUAAAUGUGAUGUACAACAAAAGGCCUGGAAAGUUUUAAAUUUAUGUGAAAUACUUAAACAAAAAAGUUUUUAUUGGAUUUUUGAAUAUUCAAAUAUUCAUUAGUUUAUGCUUAUAUAGAACCCAGAUUCUUUAUUUUGUUAUCGCAUUAUGUAGUAAAUUCCAAUGCCGCAUUUUCUGUCUACUAAUAGUACAUGUAAUCCUGGUUUAAGAUUUGAUCCCUGUAUGAAAAUGAUAAUUCCAACAUUAUGGAUCAUGCAUGUAUAGUUUUGGAGCAAGAAUGAGAACCCAGUGAAAGUUGUCACCUUCCAUGCAAAGAUGGCAAUGUCUGAUUCACACUGGUACCAUUAAAAGCUUUGUCAAUUAAUUGUCAAUGAAUUAGAUAACUUUAAAAACUGUAUGUUUUCAGUUGUGGUUUCGUGACAAAAGUGACUUUUGCAUUUCUACUCCAGGACAAGUUUAAAGGUGUUUUCAAAAUGUACACCUUUAAACCUAGAAAAACAACAAUAUCUUCCACAUUAUUGAUGAGAUACAAGUUUAAAGGGUACCUUUGUGAAUUGGAUCUAAUCCUUCUUUCAAAUAAAGAUUAAAAAUCUAAAAUAUUUCUUUCGAAUGCCAAAUGAAGAAAACUAAAUCUGUGAUAAAAUUCAGCUUUUAAUUCUAAUCGAUGUAAAGUUAAUGAAUGUUAAAAUAGUUAAAACAAUCCAAGGCAAAAAAACUUAUUAUUUUCCUCGAUACCCUUCUAAUUAACUGUAAAAAAGCUCUGCUGACAUUUCCUCUUUAUUCUGUUGUAAAAUGUACAGUGUUUGUAAAAGAAAAAGUUGUUUUGUUUUGUUUGCCAUGGAUUUUAAUAU